UGAGGCGGUGGGUGAGUUUGUGGAAGUUUUCGGAGCGCGGAGCCGCGAGGAGCUGCGAAGAACCGCGAAGAGCAGCGAAGAGCAGCGAAGAAGAGCAGCGUCCAGCGCUCGCAGCUGGCGGCACACCGACCCCGGCAGGCAGCGGCUCCGGUCCGGCGGCGAGCAGCUCGGCGGGCUCCGUACUGAGGUCGGCCCCUGUGCUCUUCUCUCGUUCACCUCCCCUCCCGUUGGCUCCUGCGUGUGUCUGUCAUGUCUGACAACGGGGAGAUGGAAGACAAGCCGCCCGCGCCCCCUGUCCGAAUGAGCAGUACCAUCUUCAGCGCCGGCAGCAAAGACCCGCUGUCAGCCAAUCACAGCUCCAAGCCCCUGCCUUCUGUGCCAGAGGAGAAGAAACCCCGCAACAAGAUCAUCUCCAUUUUUUCUGGGGCAGAGAAAGGCAGCAGGAAGAAGGAGAAGGAGCGGCCGGAGAUCUCGCCCCCGUCGGACUUUGAGCACACCAUCCAUGUUGGCUUCGAUGCAGUCACCGGGGAGUUCACGGGCAUGCCGGAACAGUGGGCACGACUACUCCAGACCUCCAACAUCACCAAGUCGGAGCAAAAGAAGAAUCCACAGGCUGUGCUGGAUGUGCUCAAGUUCUAUGAUUCCACUGGCAACAGCAGGCAGAAAUACCUCAGCUUCUCCUCAGAAAAAGAUGGUUUUCCCUCAGGCACUCAACCGCCCAUGAAGAAAGGCACAGAGCCUUCAACAGCUCAUGUGAAGGACCCAGAUGAUGAUGAGGAUGAUGACGAUGCACCGCCAGUUGUGGCACCCCGACCGGAACACACCAAAUCUGUCUACACACGAUCUGUCAUUGACCCCAUCCCCCCGCCAGCAGCAAGCUCAGAUGGCGAUGCUGCCUCCAAGGCUGCAGACAAACAGAAGAAGAAGGGCAAGAUGACUGAUGAAGAAAUCAUGGAGAAACUUAGAACCAUCGUCAGUAUUGGAGACCCCAAGAAGAAAUACACAAGAUAUGAGAAGAUUGGUCAAGGGGCCUCUGGUACAGUGUUCACAGCCAUUGAUGUCGCCACAGGACAGGAGGUGGCCAUCAAGCAGAUCAACCUGCAGAAACAGCCCAAGAAGGAGCUGAUCAUCAAUGAGAUCCUGGUCAUGAAAGAACUGAAGAACCCCAACAUUGUCAACUUCUUGGACAGCUUCCUGGUUGGGGAGGAGCUCUUUGUUGUGAUGGAGUACCUGGCCGGUGGCUCCCUGACAGAUGUGGUGACAGAAACAUGUAUGGAUGAAGCUCAGAUCGCCGCUGUGUGUAGAGAGUGUUUACAAGCUCUGGAGUUCCUACAUGCCAACCAGGUGAUCCACAGGGACAUCAAGAGUGACAACGUGCUGCUGGGCAUGGACGGCUCUGUGAAACUCACUGACUUUGGCUUCUGUGCUCAGAUCACCCCUGAGCAGAGCAAGCGCAGCACCAUGGUGGGCACGCCUUAUUGGAUGGCCCCUGAGGUCGUAACUCGGAAGGCCUACGGGCCCAAGGUGGACAUCUGGUCCUUGGGCAUCAUGGCCAUUGAAAUGGUAGAGGGUGAGCCGCCCUACCUCAACGAAAACCCCCUGAGAGCGCUAUAUUUGAUUGCCACUAACGGCACCCCGGAGCUCCAGAACCCAGAGAAGCUCUCUCCCAUUUUCCGGGACUUCCUGAACCGCUGCCUUGAGAUGGAUGUUGAAAAGAGGGGUGGAAGCAAAGAACUGCUCCAGCACCCAUUCUUGAAGCUGGCAAAGCCCCUGUCCAGUCUGACACCCCUCAUCCUGGCAGCCAAGGAGGCCAUGAAGAGUAACCGCUAGCUUGCUGAUGGCAUUCCAGCCCCCUCUUAUGCCAUUGUGCCAUUGACCCAUGUAACUCUGCCAAAACAGCCUGUUGACACCAAAACUGUAUGAUUGUGCCCUGCCAUGGGGAGAGCUUCUCCCUUGCCUUAAAAACUCUCCUCGGCAAGCUAGCCUUUUCUAAAACUGCCAGAAUUUCCACGUGUUUGUUUUCACUGACAGAUGCCCAAAGUGUCACACUUGUCGGGGGAAGUGGGCAUUGUUUUAAUGAGGAAUCAGGAUGUAUUUUGUCUUUUUUUUCACGUCACUUGUUGCCUUCAGCUUAUUUAAAAUGAAGCUAAAAUCCACUCCUCGUUGUGCAAAUUGAUGUGCCAUUUUCUAUGGAUGUUGCUGUUGCCAGUUUAUGUUUCUGGCAGCUGUACUCUGCUUUUCCAUGUUGCUUGUUUUCUGAUCUGAAUUUGAACCUGGUAGGUCCUGUAACUUCUCCAUGGUUUCAUAGUUUUUCACAGUAUACAGAGCUACAAGAUCCAUUUUGUCUCGCAGACAUCUUGGAAAAGUAUUUAACCUGACAUAAUUCUGUGUGUUUUUAUUUAUAGAUGCAUGAGAAUUAUGUCAGGAAACAUUGGAGUUGGAGAUGGCUGCUUUGGCACAAUGUUUUACUAUGUGUCUUUCAUUCAACCCACCCAUCCAACAAGGAUACCAGGGUUCUGAGUUUGUUUUAACCCUAGAAAUCAUGAUUUCUGUGCCCUUUUUGUAGAUCAUCUUAAGUUGUACACAUUAUAGAAUAUCUCAUAUACCUGUUUUUUUUUUUUUUUUUUUCCCUUGGGGCUUGCUGUCUUAAAAAUAACUGAAACUAGCUGUACUGUAUGAGAUGAGCUACUUCUAAUACACAGGGAAUUAGGUAGAUAAACCUUCAGAUAAAAAUGGGGGAAAAAAAGUGUGUGUAUAUUAUGUACUUUUAAAAGAAGGAAAAGGUUAACUACAGAUUAGAAAUCAGGACUUUUGACUAGCUGUUAUAUAAAUGUAUGUAUGUAUGUAUACUGUUAUUUGUUUUUAACAAUCCAACUGUUCUCCAGAAGGUAAAGUAUUAGCAAAUUUGUCUUAAUGAUGGUAUGAGGAAUGAUCAUUACUGUACUUCUUUUAGUCUUUUUUUUCUAAACUAAAAGCAUUGUUUCUGCAAGAUCAAAGAAAAAUACAUCCCAGUUGAAUAAAAAGUGCAUUAUUAUUUCUAGUUUAGUACAUUUCAAUGGCACAUAUCAUUGUAAAAUAUACCGGUUGCCUUUGUCAAAGGGAUCUAAAUGUCAGAAUGCUCCUGUCUGUGACUUUUAAUGGCUCAGUGUGAUGUCACUGUUGAAAAUUGAAAGCAGCAAUGAAUUGCCAUUUUCA